AAAAAAAAGAUAAGAAAGCCAAAUGAGUGUUGUCUAACUAUCUACUAUAUAGGGAGUAGCUAAAGUCAAGUGUAGUGGAUCAGUAUAACCCUCGCCUCGCUCGCCUUCCUAUCUUUCAUUCUUUCAACAAAACGUUAUCAUAAAAUGGAUUCCCCGAAUCAGCACCCUCAUACUCAUGAUCAUCACCAUCACCAUCACCAUCACCAUCACCAUCAUGAUCAUGAUCACACCCAUGAGGUCAAAGAAGCAGCAAAUACGUGGGUGGGCGCAGACGGAAAAGUAUAUCAUAGUCAUGAUGGAUUAGCACCACAUACUCAUGAACCAAUUUACUCCCCAGGCUUUUUCAGCAGAAGGGCACGUCCUUUGAUUUCUAGGGAUUUUAAGGAAAGGGCUUUUACUGUUGGUAUUGGGGGUCCUGUUGGUACUGGGAAAACAGCUCUGAUGCUGGCUUUGUGCAAUGUUUUGAGAGACAAAUAUAGUCUUGCUGCUGUGACUAAUGACAUUUUUACAAAAGAAGAUGGGGAAUUCUUAAUAAAGCAUGGUGCACUUCCAGAGGAAAGGAUUCGUGCUGUGGAAACAGGCGGCUGUCCGCAUGCCGCUAUUCGUGAAGAUAUCAGUAUAAAUCUUGGUCCUCUUGAAGAGCUUUCAAAUUUAUUCAAAGCAGACAUACUUCUUUGUGAAUCAGGAGGAGAUAAUUUAGCUGCCAACUUUAGCAGGGAACUUGCAGACUACAUCAUUUACAUAAUAGACGUAUCCGGUGGAGAUAAAAUUCCACGCAAAGGAGGGCCAGGCAUUACUCAAGCUGACCUUCUUGUUAUAAACAAGACUGACAUUGCUGCUGCAGUUGGAGCUGAUUUGGGUAUCAUGGAGCGAGAUGCUCUUCGCAUGCGGGAUGGAGGUCCAUUUGUCUUUGCUCAGGUGAAGCAUGGAUUAGGCGUAGAUGAAAUAGUCAACCACAUCUUGCACUCAUGGGAAGCGGUUACAGGGCUAAAAAAGCGAUAGUCCAUCUGCUUUGGUUGAAUAUCUUUCCGUAUAAUCUAGAUUUGAGGGACUCUUUUGUUGAUCAUGAAGUAUAUUAGGGCUUCUAAAACUUUUUGUUUUUGUUAAUAGCAGCUAGGUCAUUGAAUAAUAGUUAUCAGUUAUUGGAAUCUUCUAUAUUAUAUGUUGUUCAAGCAGUUCCAACUUCCUA